GAGAGGAAAUUCCCCUGGAACCUGUUUCUCAGCCUCCUGGGCUUCCUGGCCCAGCGGGAGCUCGCUGGAAUUAGAGGCCGCCAUGGCCUCGGCCCAGAACCCACCCCGGGUCCCCAAGCCCAGGGGUGUCCUGCCGUCACACUACUAUGAGAGCUUUCUGGAGAAGAAGGGGCCCUGUGACCUGGAUUACAAGAAGUUCUGGGCAGGCCUCCAGGGCCUCACCAUCUAUUUCUACAACAGCAAUCGGGACUUCCAGCAUGUGGAGAAGCUAAACCUGGGGGCAUUUGUGAAGCUCAGGGACGAGGUUCCCAGAGGAAGCUCAUGGGACCCUGGAAUCCACUUCAGCCUGGUCCUCUCCAACCAGGAGAUCAAGUUCAAGGUAGAGAGCCUGGAGUCUCGGGAGAUGUGGAAAGGCUUCAUCUUGACGGUGGUGGAGCGCCGUGUCCCCUCCAAUCUGACCCUGCUGCCGGGACACCUGUACAUGAUGGCUGAGGCCCUGGCCAAAGAAGAGGCGCGCCGCGCGCUCGAGACGCCCUCGUGCUUCCUGAAGGUGAGCCGGCUGGAGGCACAGCUGCUCCUGGAGCGCUACCCCGAGUGCGGAAACCUGCUGCUGCGACCCAGCGGGGACGGCACCGACGGGGUGUCGGUCACUACUCGACAGCGGCUCCACGGGGCGCACGUGGUCCGGCACUACAAGGUGAAACGGGAAGGCCCCAAGUACGUGAUCGACGUGGAGGACCCGUUCUCCUGCGCCUCGCUGGACGCGGUGGUCAACUAUUUCGUGACGCACACCAACGGAGCGCUGGUGCCCUUCUUGCCGGAGGAGGACUACGAGAAGGUGCUAGGGUACGUGGAAGCGGAUAAAGAGAACGGCGAGACUGUGUGGGUGGUGCCCUCCGCCCUGGGCCCAGGUCCUGCACCCCCCGCAGGUGGCCCCAAGCUGCCACCUCCUGCGUCCCUGCCUCUGUCCAGCCAGGACAAGCUGCCUCUGUUACCACCCCUGCCCCCGGUGCCAAGCCAGGAGGAGAACUAUGUGACGCCCAUUGGAGACGCCCCAGCUGCUGACUAUGAGAACCAGGACGUGCCUUCCCCUAGUCGGCCAGUUGUCCCGAAGCCCAAGUUGGCAAAAGUUCAGGCAAAGCUUCCAAGGCCACCCACGGCACCCAAGCCAGAUCUCAAACUCCUCAAUAGCAGCCUCACCAGGAAGCCGGCAGCCAGCUCAGCUCAGCCUUUCUCUGCCACAGCAGGGCUGGCGGACGUGACCGCGGAGCUGCAGAAGAAGCUGCAGAGGCGGCGGCGGGCGCUGGAGCAGUGAUUCCGACGAGCCGGGGGACCAGCGGGCCAGUCUCGGGGCACACGGCACAGCAGUCAGCUCCUGUCUCCCGGGAUUAAAACUCAAGCGACCCCAGGA